GGCAUAAUUUUCUUUACGCACUUGGAAUAACAUAUUGAAAAAUUUAUCUUCAAAUUUGCAUGGCUGCGGAAACAUCGCGAUUGAUAGUCGAUAUACCGGAUAAGCAGCUACUAGACUGGUUGAAAAGCAGGAACCGAAUACCUAGAAAGUGGAAUAUUGCUCUUAAGAAUUUAAGAGGACGCAUCAAGUCCGUUUUGAAGGACUACUUACCCGAAGAGCUACGAGAAAAAUAUCCCUCCUCCGAUAAUAUUUAUUACUUCGAGGUGCAAGAUAUUUUAAACUUUGUUAGAUGCCGACAAGAAGUGACUGGUAAGGACUGGCUGGGAAGACCAAAAGACAAACGACUUCGAGCCUGGGAAGAAAUUGCCGAAAACUACGAAAAAGAUAAUCUUCUUCUGGCCGAAACAGCACAACGGAUGACUCAGUUGACUUCUUUUGAGAUACCUCAAAACCGAAGAGAUAUGAGCAAACAAGAAGCCUUAAAUUCCACUCUUACAAAGCGCCAAGGUGACCUCCGAAAGAAGUUGGAGGAUGCUACUAAGGACUGUAAGAAUUUUUUUGAAGCAUUCGACAUGGAUCCUACCUUAGAUGUCGAUUUACAACUCUUUCAAUUGAAGAGAAAGCUUCCUAGCAUAUUUCGUGAAAUUGUUUCUGUAUUACAAGCUAAAAGUUUCACUAGCAUUCUUAAAUACCACGAUACGUUUCUGACAAAUUUAAUGCCAAAUAGAGAAAUGGAAGAUUUAAGUAGUUUGAGAAUAUGUAUAUCAUCUGACAUAGAGAAGUUGUAUCCUGAAAAUUUUGCAAAUUCCGAUGAUUCAUCGGCUUCAGAUGCCGUGCAAGUGCUCGGAAAGGGACAAGAAAACAUUGGAACUGGAAGUCAACCUGUCGAACUGGAGUCAUUCAUUGACUGGGGAGAAUUUGGAACCGUUCAAAACCAUGAGCAGCUUUUGAAUGAUUGGAAUGUAGAAGAAAGUGAUAAGGAAACAACCGUUUUGGAGUCUGUUGAAGAACGCAACUUCAAGUGUUCCCUAAUGAAUGAUGGGUUUAGAAAAUCAGUUGAAGCCGAUCUUUUGGAGCUGAAGAGUUUUCUAGAACAAAGAAUUAAAGAUUCCGAUGAAGCAGUUGGGAAUCCACAGUUCAUGUUGUUUAGUCAAGAAAUGGAACGGCCUGAAGAUUUUCUCCUUGAUAUUGAGUCCAGAAUCGAAAACUUGAAAGAAAUGCUGAAGCAAGUGAAUGACACAUCAGACCUAUUUCGAGGACCUGUCAUUUCUCGUAUAUUGUUACUUCGUAUAUCGCGAAGAUAUGAAGAGAGACUGAAGCGUUCUUUGCAAGAGAAAUUGCAACGCAUUGAGAAAAUAAAGUCGUUGAUGAAUACUUGUGAACAACAGAAAGCAGAUUCUGCAAAGUUAUUUUCAGAAGCAGGUGAGGUGACUUUUUGGAUGUUGACUUUUAUUUUAAGAAAUACGUCCAGAAUACAACUAUCAGAAGAAUAUGGAGAUGCUUCACAAAUUGAAGAAGCUCAUUGAGGUUAGAUUAGAUUCGCAGUUUCCUGAGUCAGAAAUUCGUAUUAUUUUGGAUGCGAAUAAUGUAUACCACUAAAUAAACAAAGAGAAGCACGAAUUCAGGUUUUCGAG